AUGACCUCCUACCUUCGUGGCUGGUUGUACGGGCCGAACCCGGACGCCGCGUCGUCUAAUGUACCCACCAUCGAGACCUCCACAUCACAGGAGGAAGACGACGACACAGACACCAUCCACGAAGAUGACGACGAUUCGCCCCCUGCGUUUCCUGCCUUGAACAGCGCACAACGGGCGACUCUCAAUACCACCAACACUGGAGGGCUUCCCCGCAUUCUGACGGAUGCGCAACUGAUGCCACCUCCCCCACCUCCGUCGCUUGCGUCUCGACGUCGGGUGGCGUCAGCCUCGCCGUCAUCGUCGUCUUUGCUCGUGCCUAUGGCCACCACGACGGCUCCAACACAGUCUGCUAAGAGAGCGAAGGUCGCUUUAGCCCCCGGACAUGGUCCGUUGGACUGGGCGAACCUCAAGAAAUCGGGGCAGAACCUUAGGGGGACAGACGAGCUGCUGCGCGUGACCCCGUCGAUGUUGAAAGAACACAGAUCAAAGGAUGACGCUUGGACAGCCAUCAACGGCAAGGUGUACAACAUGACGGCAUAUCUGCCAUACCAUCCCGGAGGCGAGAAGGAACUCAUGCGGGUUGCCGGACGAGACGGCUCGAAGCUCUUCGCGUUGACCCAUGCAUGGGUUAAUGUUGACUACAUGCUCGACGAGUGCAUGGUGGGCUUUAUGACAUCCGAAUCGUAG